AAAAAAAAAAAAAAUUUAUGUUUUAUUUUAUUUCCUUUUUCCUUUUUUUUUCCUCUAAGUUAAAGAUACAUUUUUCUUGUUAUAAAAGUUUAUUAUUGAAUACUAAUGUCCGUCUAUCAACAUUCAAGACGGACAUUUGGAAGUAAGAAUGUCUUACCAUUAUCUAGUACUAAUAAUAACAAAAAUUUAGGUAAAUAAAAUAAAAAACAUUGCAACCAAAUUAUACGUAGAUUAGAUCUUUAGAUGUUUAUUGUUUCCUUACUAGAACAAAACUUAAUUUUUGGUUUGACUCGGAAACAAUUAUCAUUAAUUGUUCUUGUUGUUCAAAAUAGUACACUUGUGCUAAUGAUGAGGUAUUCUCGAAUUGUGCAAAAACCUGGACAGAUUAUGUAUAUUGCAUCUACAGCAGUGUUUCUUGCCGAAGUUUUAAAAAUUAUUGCUUGUUUAGUGGUAAUAAGAUAUCAACAAAGGACUUGGGAAAAAUUUAUGUUGAUGGUUCGAAGAGAGAUUUUGGGAAAACCGAGUGAGACAUUAAAGAUGUUAAUUCCUUCAGGACUCUAUGCAUUACAAAAUAAUUUGCUCUAUGUUGCAUUAAGUAAUUUGGAAGCAGCUACUUUUCAAGUGACUUAUCAAAUGAAAAUUAUGUCGACCGCUGUAUUUAGUGUUAUUCUUUUAGGAAAAAGUCUGAGUCGUGAUAAAUGGUUUGCUUUAUUUUUAUUAAUGAUUGGUGUCACACUUGUUCAAUCUCAAAGUAUGGCAACUACAAAUGCAUCUAGUACAACGACAGAUAAAAUUGUAUUGGUGCCACAGAAUCCACUGAUUGGAUUUUUAGCAGUCAUUACAAGCUGUAUUUCUUCAGGAUUUGCAGGAUGUUAUUUUGAAAAGAUUUUAAAGACAUCAGAUACAUCUAUGUGGGUUCGCAAUAUACAGUUAGGAAUAUCAGGUUCUUUUUUUUCACUAGUUGGAAUGCUUGCUUAUGAUAUGCAACCCAUUAUGGAAGGUGGGUUAUUGCAAGGUUAUGAUUGGCUCACUUGGGUAGUCGUUGCAAAUCAAGCAUUAGGAGGAUUAUUAGUAGCGAUUGUAGUGAAAUAUGCUGAUAAUAUUUUGAAAGGAUUUGCUACUAGUUUAUCAAUUAUAGUUUCUGGUGUAAUCAGUAUUUACUUAUUUAAUUUCCAACCUUCAAGUGUAUUUAUUAUAGGUGCAUUCAUUGUAAUGAUUUCAUCCUAUCUUUAUGGUAUAGACUUUUCAAAAAAUAUUCAGAAUCGCAUAAAACCAUUAUAAUAGAUAAUAAUAAUCUAUUCUGUAUAAUAAAUAUAUAUAUAUAUACAUAUAUG